AUGAUGCUCCUGAUGAUGAUGUUGCUGCUGAUAUGGCAGGUGGCAUGCAUGAGACUGACAUGCCGUCUUACAGCCUUGGAAUUUUUGACACUCCAGUGCCAUCACAGAUGACCCCAUCGGGUCAACUAUUGAUCACGGGCUCGGAUUUUCAAGGAGCGGAUUGGGGUAGAUAUUUCCCUGGCCCGUCUACCACUGAUGAGGGUCGACCGACCCGAGAUUUAUUUAGUGGGCGCCGACUGAGUUAUGGCAGCUCUUCACAUGCGCAGGCUUCAUGUGAUGCUGCGACAGAUGACUACAUUAUGCCUUCUACUGGACCUGACAGCACCACCGAUACAUGUCAUCCUGCGCCGCAUCCGGCUAUAAGGAGAAAACUUGAUGAUGAUGAUCCUGAUAGCGUACCCGGGCGGGAGGGGAUGCGCCUCAGGCCGACGGCUACAUUGAGACACACCGGAUGGGGGACACAUUGA